AUGACUACCAAAUACUGCCUAGUGUUGCUCUUUGGAGUGGUGCUUCUCAGCACUGCCUCAGUACUAGCUGAUCACCAUGAGCCUCCCAAACACGAGAACAAACCUCCAAUUCACAAGCCACCUUUGCAAGGCAAACCUCCCAAGGGAGAGAAACCACCACCAAAACACAAGCCACCAACCCUUCUUGAUAAUGAGGAUACAAAGCCAUUCCCAGAGCACAAGCCACCAACCCAUGGUGAGGAACCUCCCAAGGGUAAGGGAAAGGGAGAGAAGCCACCUUCAGAGCACAAGCCACCUCACCAUGAUCACCCUGGACGACUUCUACUCGAGUCCCACUCCCUAGAUGAACAAAAUUCGCCAAGUUUAGCUGGCAAGCCUCCGACAAAGGGAGCAAAGCCACCUCCAAAACACAAACCACCAACCCCACUCAACAAGGGAGAGAAGCCAUUCCCAGAGCACAAGCCACCAACCCAUGGUGAAGAACCUCCCAAGGGUAAGGGAAAGGGAGAGAAGCCACCUCCAGAGCACAAGCCACCUCACGAUCAUCACCCUGGACGACUUCUACUCGAGUCUCAAUCCCUUGAUGAACAAAAUUUGCCAAGUUUGGCUGGCAAGCCCCCGGCCAAGGGAGUGAAGCCACCUCCAAAACAUAAACCACCAACCCCACUCGACAUUGGAGAGAAGCCAUUCCCAGAGCACAAGCCACCAAUCCAUGGUGAAGAACCUCCCAAAGGUAAGGGAAAGGGAGAGAAGCCACCUCCAGAGCACAAGCCACCUCACGAUCAUCACCCUGGACGACUUCUACUCGAGUCUCAAUCCCUUGAUGAACAAAAUUCGCCAAGUUUGGCUGGCAAGCCCCCGGCCAAGGGAGUGAAGCCACCUCCAAAACAUAAACCACCAACCCCACUCGACAUUGGAGAGAAGCCAUUCCCAGAGCACAAGCCACCAACCCAUGGUGAAGAACCUCCCAAGGGUAAGGGAAAGGGAGAGAAGCCACCUCCAGAGCACAAGCCACCUCAUGAUCAUCACCCUGGAGACCAUUUGGUGGAGGAGGCAAAAGAUUCCCACAAGCCACCCAGAAAGUUGAAGCCUCCAACCGUCGAAAAGAAGCCGCCGACUCACGCUCACAAGCCACCCCACAAACCUCCAUCUGCAAACUGA